UGCGGUAACUUGCCCACCCUUAGGUCCGUCCGAGGAAGACGGAGAGGCCUCAGACGUGUCCGUGGGCAGGAGAGACGACGUGGAAGAAUGAGAGGUGAAAGAGCACCGCUCGUACACAUUUGAAUGGAUAAGACACGGUUGUUUGUGGUGGCUGGCGGCGUCCAAAUUCCCCCGGUCCGCUUGCCGCUCGCUAUGCUUCCUUUUUCUAAUCUUCCGUCAGUCAUUUUAUAGCUUGAGAAAAGCCGGUGGGGAAAUCACUCACCGGAAUCAAUUUUUUCUUCUUCUUCUUCUUCCGGUUCGUGUAUGCAGCAAGAGAAAUGAAUAUUCAAGCUCGACUCCGAUCCAUCAUCACCGAUCCCUCCCUUCGCUCCUCGUCUCCGUCUCCAUCUCCAUCUCCAUCUCCUCAUUCCCACCACCAUUGUUAUCAAUCUUCCAGCCGCCGGUGCUCUCUUUUCGCUCCACCUCACUGCUCCAGAAGCCCCCCUCCACCACCUCAAAACGGCGACGGUCCGGGUGAUAAAUCCUCGACCGACUGGGACAAGGCGUGGUCCAAGUUCAAGAAGCAGGGGAAGAAAACCUUGUUCUCACAGUUCUCCCCAAACAAGUAUGUGACGUGGAACCCCAAGCCUUCAGACUACCCGCUGUCGGAAGAGGUCGAUCCCAUCAAGAGAACUGAGAGGUCGAACCUCAGGCUGUGGACGAGUCCAAGGUUCACCCUCGUUGGUGCCAUUGUCAUAGUUUCCUUCCUUCUCAUCUACACCAUUCUUGCGCCACUCAAGUGACUUGACUUGACUUGAUCCAGCCAAUAUUGUUUUCGUGCGCUCAAAGGAGGGGGGAGAAGAAGCACUAUCCAGAACAGGGGGAUUUGUAAAUCAUACCAUAAUGUAAAUGCGAGGAUUCAAAGCAGUUUAGCUAGCUGGCUAGCUACUGUGUAAUCUCUUACUGUUCUCUGUGUUGAUUGGACAAUGUAAGGCUUUGAUUAAGCGUAUUCAGCUACUGCCGUCAAUAUGUGUUU